AUGAAUGGGCAAGCUGAAGUCGUCAACUGCUCUCUGGGGACCUUGUUGCGUUUCCUGGUUGGAGAUCAUCCUAAAGGCUGGGACAUGAAAUUGAGUCAGGCAGAGUUUGCUCACAACCAUGCUCCAAACCAUAGUACCGGGUUUAGCCCAUUUCAGGGCAUUCAUAAGAUCAUGUUUGACAACUUGACCACCGCAAAUGCGUGUUAUAAGCAGCAUGCUGACCAGCACCGGCGCCAUAUUGAGUUCGAAGUGGGUGAUUUUGUGUGGACCGUGAUGCCCAAGGAGCAGCGUUUUUCAGUUGGGGAUUAUAAUAAGCUUAAAGCUAAAAAGAUUGGGUCAGUCGAGAUCAUUGAGAAGCUCAACCCGAAUGCCUACCAGUGGCAGCUCAAGAAGGCUAGUGACUGGCAUUCGUGCGCUGAUCAACAGUUUCAAGAUUAUCGCUGCAUUAUUUCGCCCCUUGGGUCCGAUGAACCUCAUCUCAAAUACAUUGAAUCCGUCCCCGCCCCCAACCAUACCGAUGUGCCCCCUUAUUUUCUUAUUGUGGUUUAUUUGUGA